GAAGAAGCGUUUGCGCAGUUUGAACGGUAUCAUGGAUUGUUGAACUAAGUAAAGUUUUUUUUUUUUGACAAAUUAAUCUAUCAAUCUUGGGCACUGCCUGAUAUUCCGGAAACAGACGUUGUGUCAGUGGAACAUUAGUUUUAUCAAAUCAGCAAACUCUUAUCUCCUGAAGUUUAUCUCCCUAAGUUAAGAUGCCUGUCCAGUGCAGUAUUUGUAUGGAGAAACGCGCCGUGCUGAAACGCCCAAAGACCGGACACUCGUCAUGUAAAGAAUGCUUCUUUGGGGCUUUCGAGGAAGAAGUCCAUCAGACGAUUGUGUCAGCGCAGCUUUUUAAAUCCGGAGAGACUGUAGCGAUUGGUGCUUCUGGUGGGAAGGACUCCACAGUGCUCGCACAUGUAAUGAAGGUUUUGAAUGAGCGAUACAACUAUGGUCUUAAACUUGUACUGCUUUCAAUAGAUGAGGGAAUAACAGGUUACCGGGAUGACUCAUUGGAGACAGUGAAGAGGAACCAGCAGCAGUAUGAACUACCACUGAAAAUUGUGUCAUAUGAAGAGCUGUAUGGUUGGACGAUGGAUGCUAUAGUAAAGCAGGUUGGAUUGAAAAAUAACUGCACUUUCUGCGGAGUGUUCAGAAGACAGGCUCUGGACAGAGGAGCCGUUAUGCUUAAAGUGGAUAAGAUCUGCACAGGUCACAAUGCUGAUGAUGUGGCAGAGACCGUUCUGAUGAAUGUCUUGCGAGGAGACAUAGCCCGUCUACGCCGCUGCACUGCCAUUUCCACCAUCAGCGAAGGGGAAGGGGUUGUGCCUCGUUGCAAGCCACUCAAAUAUGCCUACGAAAAAGAAAUUGUGCUUUAUGCUUACUUUAAAAGGUUGGACUACUUUUCCACUGAGUGUAUCUACUCUCCCAAUGCAUAUCGUGGCCAUGCGCGAGCCUUCCUUAAGGACCUGGAGAGUAUACGGCCAAGCUCCAUCAUAGACAUCAUCCACUCAGGGGAGAACCUGUCAGUGCGAGAGGGGGUAAGGAUGCCAGUGCAAGGGACCUGCGGUCGAUGUGGCUACAUCUCUAGUCAGGCACUCUGUAAAUCUUGUGUGUUGCUGGACGGGCUGAACCGAGGCCUGCCAAAGUUGGGCAUAGGGAAACAUCACCGCCUUCAUGACAAAAUCCUCUCCCAGCAGCCUCUCACCGAAAAGGAACAGAGGAAGCUCAAAAUUGUAAACAUCUGAGAGUUAUUAGAAAUGUUCCUAUUUGCCUUUAAAGUGGAUUUUUGUUAAAUCAAGAAAAUCAAGUUGUCCAUUAUAUAGGGUAUUAAAUCUGAAAGUAGCAUACCAGUCACUACUGGUACCCAAGACAAGUAGUGAUCAGUAAUGCUUAGAAUUUGCAGGGGAUCAAAUUUUUCAUUUUGGAUACAGAUUAAUUAUGCCAUUUGCAACAUGUUUCCUCUAGACAUCAAAGCAUUCUUAUGAAGAUACCUUUCAGUCAUGGCUGAGUAGCGCAUGUGUUUACGGCGUGUUUGGCCAAAAAGUACAACAGAUACCUAGAAGAGGCUGGGAUCCUCCUAAUUGUUUUUGGAAAAUCUUGUAGCCAAACUAAACAUAUUGUCAGAAUAUGAGGAGUUCAAUAUAUUUAGAAAAUGUUUAUGCAUAGGAAUGACUAAAAUCUUUUAGUUUACAAUGCUUGAAACAUUGUGGAAGUAAACAAUAUACACAUAUGCACCCCUCUACAUUGCAACCCCCUAUUCUACAACUUGCCUAGUUCCUGUCUUUUAUUAAUUACUCUCCUGUUACAUUUGCUGAUUUCAAGAGAAAAUGGAUUGUUGUUGCUAACUUGUUUUCAAAGUGUGUUGUUUGAUGUAAUACAUUUCGCAUUUCCUGCUUUUUCUCUCUGAUCAGAGUGUGAUAGGAUUGAAAUAAACAUAACUGUUGCACCCUU